AUGUCCAUUUGUAAUACUCUUGAUCGUUUGAACAGGAACUUCCUUUGGGGGCACACUGAAGAAAAAAAGAAAAUUCAUCUUGUGAAGUGGGAUACAGUUUGUAAACCUAAAUGUUAUGGUGGGUUAGGUUUGAAGAAGUCAAGCUGUGUGAAUCAAGCUUUGUUAGCCAAAACUGGAUGGAGGCUGCUCCAAAAGGAGCUAGGGUUAUGGGCUGAAGCUUUGAAUAAAAAAUAUCUUAAAGAUGAUUGCAUCAUGCAGAAGUCUACUUUACCUUUCUCUGCUAGCUCCAAUACAUGGAAAGGUAUCCUUUAUGGAGCUCAAUUACUCCCUAAUGGGGUGAAAUGGAGGAUUGGACCUGGAACGGAAAUUUCUUUCUGGAAUGAUGUCUGGACUGAUCUUGGUGCUUUGUCUGAUAUUGCCUUGAAGCCUAUUCCUUCUCACCUACAAAGUCUAAGAGUUUGUGAUGUUGUCUGUGAUGGUGGAUGGGACUUACGCAUGGUAAAAGAAUUUCUUCCUGAGGAUGUGAAGCUGAAAAUUUUGAGUAUGCAUGCAGGAGGCAUCCGAAGUGGUGAUGACACAACCAUAUGGAAGUUAUCUCAUAACGGUAAGUUUACUGUUAAAUCUGCUUAUCAUUCUCUUUUCCUGAACUCUGAGACUAAACCUUGGCCAUGGGACUUUAUUUAG